GUUUUUUCCACAUACUCUAAUCAAGAAUAUGAUCGUAGAAAUGAUGAUAUUGAUCCAGUUGCAGCCUCCGCUGAAUACGAGCUAGAAAAAAGGGUUGAACGUAUGAAUGUAUUUCCAGUUGAAUUACUUAAAGGGAAAAAUGGUCUUGGACUAAGCAUCAUAGGGAUGGGAGUGGGAGCAGAUGCCGGAGUGGAAAAACUGGGAAUAUUUGUCAAGGGAAUAACGGAAAAUGGUGCUGCUGCUACUGAUGGAAGAAUUAAUGUUAGUGAUCAGAUAAUAGAGGUGGAUGGAAAGAGUCUUGUUGGGGUUACACAAAGCUAUGCUGCACAGGUACUUAAAAACACAUCCGGCAGUGUACAAAUUCUUAUUGGACGUGAGAAAGAUCCAAACAAUAGUGAAGUUGCAAAGCUUAUUUCAGAAUCGUUGACCCAGAGUAAGGCACAGCAAGAAAGUCCCGCUGUUGAAGAGCCAACCUACAAACCGCCCCCAACCUCCCCGAAUGGUAGUGCAUUCGGAGACGUCUUUUCUGAUGAUGACCAGCUAGUACAAGAAACGUUUGAGCUUAAUGAGCACAGUAGUUCCAGUGAGAUCACCUCUCCUAUCAUCUCCGAGCCCGAGCUCAUCGCAUUGAAGUUGAAGCUCAAAGAAACGGAAUAUAAGAAUGCCGUUCACGAAGCAGAGAUUGCUAAACUUAAAAUCCAGGUCUUGCAAUCUAAAGGCUGGGAGUCAGAGGAGAAGAGGCUGAAAACACAGUUGGAGCUGCUGGAGCGAACAUCCCAACAACUUGAAGAGCAACUAGGAGCUUCUCAGAAUGAGAUUGAAUCUUCUAAGGCAGAUUUGGAGGAAACCCAGGCUCAUUACUUUGGCCUCGAGAAAAAAUACCACAAAGCAAAGAAACUCAUCAAAGAAUUCCAGAAAAGGGAGGAAGAAUUCUUUUCAAGGGAACAGGCUCAGUUGAAAGAAAUACAAGAAAGAGAUAGAAAACAGCAAGAAAAUGUUCGCAAACUGCAAAGCAGAAUUAAAGAGUUGGAAAGUAGUAGCUCGGUUUCCAUAACAGGUCGUGUGUCCCCAAUGGAAGAUGGAGGAGAAGCCGGAGCCUUAUUCCAGCCAGCUAGGAUGGCCUCGUUUGAAGACAUUUUAGAAUCCGAAGGAAUGAGAGAUGCCAUUUUAAAUGAGAGUUCUGAUGUGUCAUGGCUCAGCCAACCACUACCUCCAGCACUACCUCCCCCCUCACUGUCCCAUAUCCCCGACUGGCAAUGGGACUUCCACACUGGACAACUGCUCUGUGCAUCUUCACCCGUAAAAGGUAAUGAAAUUUUCUCAGAUGAGGAAUCUUCGACCGCGAAUGAAUCAACCAGGAGUUGCGGCACUGAACUUGAAAAAAAUCUAGAAUCGCAACUUGAAAAUUUUCAAACUGAGGAAGAAUUAAGUGCUGUUGUACCAGUCACUGCAACAUUGGACAUAAGUAAAGAAAAGUCCAAAAUACAGUUGGUUAACAACAGUAGUUUGGCGGGUCGCAAGAAGCCAACAAAAGCACGAAUAUCGGACCAUGGUGCCACUGAUUUAUGGGAGAGCAGUGAAAUUGCAGCUGAGGAAACAUCUAUACCGAUUAAAGACAAGGUGAGGGAACCAAAUGUUGGCGAUGCAAGGUCCAGACUAACUCAAGAAUUAGAAUCUAAGCUGAGACAUCCUGAAGCGCCCCGAAGAACUAAACGCGAGAAGGAACUACCGUCAGAUGCCAUCUCCUCUGACCGAUCUUCUACUGCAAGUGCUUCCCCUAGUCUACCACCGUCUAUGCCGCUUCUGAGGACAACUGCACCAUUAGAAUCAAGUGAGGGCGGUAUAACGCUUGUAUCAUCUAAACCAUUGUUUGCAUCAUCUGACAGUAAUUCAAAUUUAAACCAAUCAUCUGUGUCAUCAUCAUGGAGCCCAAAUAUCUCAUCACCCUCAGCUAACUAUUCUAAAAGUUCAUUUGAAAGCUUGCCUGUAUCACCUUUGACCUCUCCAAAACCUGGAAAAGGAUUUUCAAAUUUGUUCUCAGUGAAGUCAUCGUCCGAGGAUGAUUUGCUGUCGUCAAUGCCGGUGAGUGAGAUGGGCGGCAAAAACAGCAAAGGAAAGGGAAAAUAUACAAUAUCAUCGGCUAAUGAGAAUGAACCACCAAGAAAACCUCACCACAUUCAAGAUCGACCAAUCACAGAGUGGGAUACAACACAUGUGUCCCAGUGGCUUCUGGGUAACGACCUUGAGGAAUAUAUUACAGAGUUCAUGGCUCACAAUAUUACUGGUCCAGCACUUUUACAACUGGACACGGCUAAACUAAAGGCUCUUGGUGUUAAUAACAAUGCAGAUAAGGCAACCUUUAAAAAAAAGAUAAAAGAAAUGAAAGCAAUUAUCGAGAAAGAGAGGCGAUCAGCUGAAAAGGAAGCCAAAGCGAGGGAGAAGCAACUGAAAAAAGCUUCCAAGUUCAAAUCAAAGUAGACGCAUACAAAAUUCAUCACAUUAUUAAUUCUAUUGUAUUUCUUUAUACUUAAAUUGAAUUGGUCUGAGUAACAUUUCAAUAUUUGUUCAUCUGUAUACUUCAUAUAUUUUUUUUUAUCCUACUUUUUUUUUAAAUGAAAACCAACUGAUAAAUUUAAUACUUAAAUACUGAUUCCAAGUAAAUACUUGAUAUUCGACAGUUUUCACAAUGUAAGAUCAUUUCUUCUAGAAAUAGUAUUUUUCGCAAACUUCACAUUUUCUACAUUUCCUAUGACAAAGUUUUUUCUAAACAAUAAAAAAAGACACUAUUAUUGUGUAACUUUUAUGUGUACUCACAGUAUUUGAUAAAUAUAGGAAUAUUUUUAAGUGUUUCAUAUCCAAAGAAUCAUAUACAUUUUGUACUAAAUUUCUCAUAGAAGUAAUACAGUCCCCUGACUAUACUAGCCAUCAUCUAAUGUAAUAUAAGCCUAUUGAAUGUUUUGGACAUUUAGUAUUAUCUCGUAUUCACAUGGACCAUCUUCUAUCUAUAAAGCUCAUCUCCGAAUCAAGGGACUAUCUUUAAAACAGUGGACCAUCUUAUUUUCUUUUUAACUUUAGACCGUAUCCGAAUCAUUUAAUUAUUCACCAUUGGACAAUUUUCACUUCGUACAGGGACCAUUUUGUAACACAAGAUUGUUAUGGACCAUGUUUAACUUUUGUAAAAAAACAGGACCAACAAAUACAAUGUUCAUUAUUUUCUUUUUAAAAAAUACAACAAUGAAGAUUAAACGAGGUUGGCCAUAUUAUAAUGUAAUUUUAUAUAUUAGCGAUAACAGAGAUUAAUGCAUCAGUAAAAUUGAUGUUUAUUAAUUAAUUAAUUAGUUGAUAUGAUUAAAGCAAUGCAUUCAAGCAAGCAAUGGCAUACUACUGAAUAUUUGUAAAAGGCCAGAUAAGUUCAUCACAUUAUACUUAAUCUUUGAAAAAGGUACAAUUUUUUAUUUUUGUGGAUGGUUUUUUUUUUCUUUAAUAUGAAAUUUGUAUAAUAGAAAGGUGUAUAUAUUUCCACAAUUUGUUAAUGUGGUCACAAAGGCAUUUUUCAAAUAAUCCAUCAUCGUUUUCUUUCAUUUACAUCUGAGUUAAUUUGCCUGUAAACUGAAAGCGCUGCUUAGGGAAUAGAGUCUGCUUUCAGGUAAUUUGAGUUUCUAGGCUAUGGAAUUUGUACAGAUUCAUCUUGUUCAAAAGGAUGUAUAUAUUAUUGUAGUUUCUGUACACAUUUUUGAUUAAUAAUCAUGGUAUAUGUACUAUAGAUUUGUUAUCCUUAUAAAGGGUCUUUAGAUACGACACAAAUUUUGUAUUAACGAAAUAGAAAAAAAAAAUGUUUCUUGUCUCUCCCUCGUCCUUUUGUUGAGAGCCAUCUUUUUUUCUUUUUUUUUCACUAGGUAAGACACUCGGAAAAUUCUUCAUAAAUCUAACCAUCAGCAAUGAGUGUACAUGUGUUUUCAGGCCUAGCAUAGACCUAGAUGUUUGAGUAUUGUCCACCUUUGUGUUGAGGGGAAAAAAUUAGCCCUUUUCAUUUGUUUUUUGCAGACAAGAAACAUUUUUUUGGUCUUGUAUUAAUGAUUCAACCACACUUGUAGUUUUUGGGCCAAAAACAUAAUUGGGUUUCAAACUUUAUUGGUGGAUUUGCUUUUGAAAAAAAUAAUAUAUAAAGGGAAUUAAUAGUGAUAAAUUAUUGAAAAGUAUAGUAAAUGAAUUUUGUUCUGUAUUUGUUGAGUGGUUUCUAUGAUGAUGAAGCAAUCACUGUGUAUUUAUUCAAUCGAUGGUUGUUUGAUGAGGAAUUUUAGAUUGUUAGCGUAUUGUGAGUGAGACGAAUGAAAGAAAUUGUUUUACUAGAAAACCCAAGAAAAUAUUUACACUAAUUGAAUACCAAAUACACUCGGGGAAGCAUAUAUAAAUGGAAUGGAUUUAUAUAAUUUGUUUAUGAAAUUUAAUUUCAGCGACCAUAACAUGUAUAUUUAUCACCUUGAUGUCAUCUUGUACUUACUGCCAUGUGGCAACUGGUAUUUUGAUUUCUUUGACACAGGUAAGGGCUAUUACAGUAGAUUUUAGUUGUUUAUCCAAUUUUGGACCAAUUUUUGUUCUUGUUAUCUAAGUAAACAUUUUAGAGAAGUUAUAGAUUCAUCAUUUGUCAUGAUUUCUCCAAUUUCAGUGUAAUGUUGUAAAAAUUAAUUCAAUCCUACUACUUACUCAGAAAGGCAUUGUUUGUAAAAUGUUUAUAAAGCUUCUUUUCUGUUAAUGAUUUUUGGAAAACUAAUACAAGU